AAGACUUACUUGCGUUACAGUCACAGGCCCAGUCGAACUCAAAGCUCUUCAAGUCCGGGAGUUAUAUUUCUCACUGCAUUAUUGUUUACUAAUUAUAAUUAAUCAGCAAUACUGAAGUUCUUAAGAUUUCUGCGUAUGUAGAGUGUCGUGAAUUGGUGCUAGUUCUUACUCAGAAAGGAUACGUUCAGAAGCUGGAAUUUUUUGAAGUGCGAGAACGAACCCUGUCGUAGAUGAGAAAGUCAGCUUAGAGGAAUAGUGUCUUGUCUUAAUUUAAAAUUUGAGUAAAACAUACAAAUAAAUUGCAGUGUUUGCAAAUAUAAAGUCAACUUUAGUACGGUCAGCGGAAAUAAAAUAAUAUGUACUUGGUGGCUAUACUUACCAGAUAGGUUGAGUAUGUGCAUGCGCUAUUGCAAAGAAUAUAUGUAGCAAUUGAAACUAAAAAGUGCUUAUAGUGACUGUAAAAUAUUAAAGUGUAACUCGAAUUGGAUUUUCUACAGUUUGACACGAGGGAAAGGAGACUUUUAAUUUUCGGAAUAUACUUCCCUUAAGUUUCCUUCCGGUGAAUAAAACAGCAUUAAAAUGGUGUCAAUAAUAACAUCAAUAUACGAUGGUUGGCGAGAUCUUAUGGACAACAAAUCAGAUCCACGAACAAGAGAUUGGCCGUUAAUGAGCUCACCAUUUCCGACCAUUGCUAUUAGUCUUGCAUAUGCAUAUUUUGUUAAGGUACUGGGACCAAAGUUGAUGGAAAAUCGCAAACCGUUUCAACUACGAAAAGUUCUUAUUGUUUAUAACUUUGCGCAAGUUUUGUUCAGUGUAUGGCUUUUCUACGAGGCUUCGAUCACAGGCUGGUUGACUGGAUAUAGUUAUCGAUGUGAACCGGUUGAUUAUUCAAGGAGUCCAAAGGCACUGCGGAUGGCUUCAGGAUGCUGGUGGUAUUUCUUUUCAAAGUUCACCGAGUUCUUUGAUACAUUCUUCUUUCUGAUGAGGAAGAGAUACGACCAAAUUUCCACUUUGCACGUUAUUCAUCACGGAAUCAUGCCAGUAUCUGUUUGGUGGGGCGUCAAAUUCACCCCUGGCGGUCAUAGCUCCUUCUUUGGAUUCUUAAACACCUUCGUUCACAUUAUCAUGUACACGUACUAUAUGCUGGCAGCUAUGGGCCCACAUAUGCAGAAAUAUUUAUGGUGGAAGAAGUACUUGACCGUCUUGCAGAUGGUGCAGUUUAUCCUUGUUAUGGUUCACGCCUUCCAAUUGCUUUUCAAGAACGACUGUAACUAUCCAGUCGGCUUCGCAUACUUCAUCGGUGCACAUGCUAUCAUGUUCUAUUUCUUGUUCUCUAACUUCUACAAGGAGGCUUACAUGAUGAAGAAGCGCGCGAAGGACGAGAAGGAAGCAAAGGCUCUGGCAGCAGCUGCUAAACCAACCACCGAACUCAAUGGAAACACAGAGUUCUACGAAUCAAUGGGCAAAAUGGAGGAAAGUUACUCAACGACAAGACAUAGGGUGUUCGUGGGAUCGGGGCAGAAUAAUUGAUUUCGAAUAUUCGGAUACCACCAAAUAGUAUAUCAUAAUUAGGUUCAAAUUAGGUACGAGAGUUAUUUGUAAGUCUAGGCCUAAGAUAGUUUUAUUGACAAAACUUGCUAAACGCGAUUAAAGGUCGUUAUCUCUCCGCGCUAAGGGCGGAGUCUUAUGAAGGUCUAGCCACAGGGCAACAAACAUAACACUAAAAUCCCAAGGUACAAGAGCAAAUCAGCGGCCACAAAUAACAUAUCCCCAUUUUGUUCAUCAAUCCAGUCUGGAGAAACAUAUUUCAUUUCAGAAAUGGUGAAGACCUAAUGCAGGAGUAAAUGUGAAUUUGGUUUAUUGGGGUUGUGUUAGAUGAGGUUCAUAUGGUUAAUAUUUAAAUCAGAAUUUCUCUCAUGAUUAGUAGCGAUAUUGAUGUAUCCUUCUGCGUCUUUCACGCGUCGCUCAAAGUAUUUCAAUAGUUGAACGAACAAAUUAUUCCGAGAUAUCUUAUAAUUUGACUCUAAUGAGAGUUAAUUUAUUAAUUUUGCUCAUGCGAUUUGAGUUUUACUUUACUUUAGACAUCAAGAAAUUUACGUACUAAGUAAAAUGAGACAUGUUUUGCAAGUAUUUUCUUGUGGAAAGUGAAUUUAAAUCGAAGCACAAUUAGACAUAUCAACAAUUCAUAUUGGGAUUUGUGACAAUGAGGCUUGGGAGUAAAAAGUAAAAAUACAUUUCUCUUACAUUACUACAUUCAUGCAUGCGCGUCAAAAUCGCUACAAUUGUGUAAGAUAUUGGAGGAUGAGCGAACAAACUCAAUUCCCUUCUACAGAAACAAAAUAAUUUAUUUUUAUAUCAACAAUUCCAUUACUGAACGAAAUCACUUCAUUUGAUCCAUUUUCUGCUGGAUUUCAUUUCUGCGGAGUUCACCAGGAUAAAGACACAAAACACGAAAUUUACACAUAACAACAACGAAUUUUGUCGUACAUUCUCAUGAUGUCAGAAUUAUUCAUCUUGUGAAUAGCUAAAUGACAUAAUAUAAGCUGUAGGUUUACAUUAUGCAAUAGAAAAUAGUUCACGAAUAUCGGAAAGAAUCAGUUAAAGCAAGACAUGUAUAAAUCCAUAACCUAAGAAAUUGUUAAAGUUCUUAACAAGUAGAGGCCUUGAUUAUGAGGGACAUUAAAAUAGACUGUAAUAGUUUAGGUUUUUUAUGUAACGAAAUGUAAGUGUUAAUUGACACUAAACGAACAAAAAAAAAACCAAAUUAAUCAAAUUAAAAA